CAGGCGCGCUAUCAGCAUGGCGAGCGCGAUACUGAUAACAGUGAUAACGGUGGUCGCGAUAGCGAUAACGGAGUCCGCCAUCUUGGAUAACACUCGCGAUAAAUCUGAAUCUUCUGUUGUAGCAUCAUCUAAUGCCAUCGCCAAAGAAGCGAUCGACACACACCGUCAGCAGAGGUUUUUCAGUUCUGUCAGGUUGAAGAGUAUAGACGCCGCGAACGAAUUGGAUAGUCCACCGUCGGCUUUAGAAAAAAUCGAUGAAGAUCCUAACACGGCACUAUCUGGAGUCUACAGCGACUGUUUGGUCAACCUGUCGUUUCCCUGCCUCCAGAGGAAGAUACUGGUAUUCCUGGACCGAUUGGGUAGGAUGGCCAAGUUCAACUUGAUAGGCAACUUCUUGUCAGUAGUCCGCACCGCCAAGGAGUCCCGACCACCGGUGAUCUCCAGUAGACUCGAUGAUGAACACACGCUGAGGGCAAUGAUAGACGACUCCAUCGACAAGUUCUUCGACGACCACGUGAUCCGUGUGACGGUCCCCACAGCUGCAGCUACUGGCCGUUCUACCGCCACAAACACCGUACUGGACUUCAGAGUGGGCGAGACCUACUCGGUGGAAGAGGGUCGCAAUAAGAAAAAGAAAGGAGGAGGCAAGAUGAAAGGGAUGAAGAAGAUGAUGAUGAUGGGCUGUAUGAUGAUGAUGGGGAAGGCAGCCAUGCUGGGCCCUCUGAUCAUGGGCAUCAGCAGUCUGGCAGCCAUCAAGGCUCUCAUUUUCUCUACAAUGGCACUGACCAUCUCAAAGAUUAUGAUCCUGAAGAAGCUGAAGAUGAUGAUGAGCAAGGGAGGAUCUUCAGGGUGGUCGUCGUCAGGCAGUGGGGGAGGGGGAGGCUGGCCGUCCUCGGGUAGUGGUGGUGGGGGAGGCUGGUCUUCAGGUGGGGGUGGUGGGGGAGGGGGUUGGUCCUCAGGUGGGGGUGGCGAUCGCAGCUUUGACACUCAUGAAAACGACCUGCGCGCUAAAGCUGCGUUGUCCAAGGCGCGUCUGUUGCGUCUGACGCAGAGCGAUGAUCGCCGAGCGAUGAUCGCUGAGCGUCUAUCGCUUAGAGGCCCGUUGUCCAAGAACGCGUCUAUUCAGUUCAACAUAUAUGGGAGAACACAGAAACAACAAUGCAAUAGACGCAAUAGACGCUGGCCGUCAGCGAUCCCGUCUGCUCCCGGAGCAGUGCCCAGCGUCAGACGCUCAGCGUCUCAAGCGUCAGACGCUAGAGACGCUCCCUUGGACAACGGGCCCAUUGAAAUCAAUGCUUAG